CACUUCUGAGUACGGCAUCGGAACGUUUGUGCAAUGCAGGGCGUGUGAACAAGGUUGGUGAUGUGCCCGUGAUAUAAAAAGGGGUAAACAAGCCUUGAGACGACAGAUUCGUUACUGUACCGGCCCCCGUGGCUCGUAGCUUUGCUGGGUAGUCCUUGGCUCCCUCUCUCUCUUGGAAGCGGUAAAAAAGCCUGCAUUGGAGGCAAAGCAGCGCCCUAACUAUUCAAGAAGAAGAAGAGAGCAGUGUGUCUCAGAGAAACCUCAUCAUGCCCGCCAUAAUCGACGACCCAACCACCCCCACCAUCUACCGCCGCUCCGGCACCUCCCCCUUCCCCGAGCCUCACGACCCCCAGCCCGCCCUCCCCCCCGACCUAACCCCCCGCCAAGUAACCCUCCGCGACCGCACCACCAUCGCGACCAUCGUCCCCUUCUCCUCGCGGUAUGGCGUGCCCCCCACCCUCCUCCAGUAUCUGAGCGAUACUAUGAACAAGGAGAUCGAGGGGGGGGAUACCUACCCUAUGAUGGACACCAUGACCGCCGACGCGUUUAGCAAGUACUGGUUCCAGAACUUCGGCGCUGUGAUGCUGCUUGGGACCUAUGCAUCUGCUUCAGCCGUGACAGAAGGCCACGAUUGGGCGCCGCAGUGUCUCGGGUCGUUUUACAUCAAACCCAACUACACAGGCCGCUCAAGCCACAUCUCCAACGCCGGCUUCCUCGUCACCGACUCCGCGCGCAACCGCGGCGUCGGCCGGCUCAUGGGAGAGGCCUACCUCGCCUGGGCCCCUCUGCUGGGCUACACCUACUCGGUCUUCAACCUCGUGUACGAAACCAACGUCGCCUCGUGCCGGAUCUGGGACGCGCUGGGCUUCAAGAAAAUCGGGCGCGUCCCCGGCUGCGGCAAUCUGCGCUCGUACCCGGACAGGCUGGUUGACGCGCUGAUCUAUGGCCGUGAAUUGGGGGGGUCGCUGGAUGAGCAGGCGGGGGAGGAGAGGUUCGAUAAGAUCCGCUUUUACCUCAAGUACGGAGCCUAUCCCCACGGCGCGGAUCGGGCGGAGAAAAGCCGGUUGCGCAGCGCUGCUACGCAUUAUAGGAUGAGGGAGGAUGAUGUGCUGAUGCUGAAGGGGAGGGAGGUGGUGCCGGGGGUGGAGAGGCAGUGGGCGAUUGCGCGGGAGGUGCAUGAGCGUGGCCAUGGGGGGAUUAAUCGGACGACGACGGCGAUUGCGGAGGGGUUUCAUUGGGUGAGGAUUAAGGAGACGGUUAGUGAUGUGAUUCGCAAUUGUAGCGAGUGUAAGGAGAAGGAGGCGGCAAAGGGGGUGGUGCCGGCGAAGAGGAAGGUGGGGGGGGAGGCGGAGGCGGAGGAGUUUGCGGCGCUGGAGAAUAGUCCUGCGAUGGGGGCGGGGCACCAGAGGGCCGCUGCGGAGGAGGAGGAGGAUCGGGAUGUAGACGCCUUCCAUGACCCGCCGUCCCCUGUCCCGCAGGAGAAGGCGUUGACCCCUCCCCACCAGCUAGAUGGGGAGCCAUACUACACGGCGCUGGAGUACUCGGGGCAGCCGCCGAGUGCGUUUCAGACGGAGGCGAGGCAUGGGGAGAUGGCGCAGGCGCAUUUACAUGAUGGUGCUGCGGCGUUGGAGCUGGAUCCGCGGGUUAUGGGGGGGUUGAGGGAGGAGUUUGCGAUGGGGUUUGGGGGGUUGCAUGAUGGGGGGGGGGGCAUGGGUUUGGGGAGGAGGCGUUUCGUUUGGGGCAGGAUGGUGGCGGGGGGAGGAAGUGGGAGGGGUAGUGGGGAUAUGAAUAUUAUUAAAUAA